AUGGGUGGUUCGCGACUGCUCGCAUAUCUCGUCGGUACCAGUGCCUGCAUCGCGCUAUGGGCGCCUUCCCUACCUCUCGUGUAUGCUGCCGAAGUUCUCGCGACGCCCGAUCACGACGCCCUUGACAGCCUCGCGCUGCACGCCUUUACCAGCGGAGAUAUCCCACACAUUGAAGAUGAGGGACUCGAUCGAGGAGAGAGCGAUGGCUACGAGCCGGAGUUCAGCUAUCUCGACCGGAGUCUGAUUGGACGGCAGACAGAAGCGCCGGAACCGCUGAAGAAUAACGAGAAGACGGAAAAGGACAUCGAUCCCGAAACGACGUUACACUUCGUCUUUGAGAAGGGUCAAUUGCGCUUGAGGAGUGUGCUUGAUGCUCCCUUGGAUGCUCUGGAAGCACGGGGAACCGACAACGCCUCUGAUGAAGCUGGCUUGGAAGAUGCGACAGUACCUGGAAAGGAAGGCGACAUUGGUGACGAUGAGAUGGGAGAGCUCGCAAAGCGGCAGGCUGGUAGUAGUCGCGUCUGGCUGACUGCUAAUACCUGCCGCCAACCUAUGCCGAACGGAGACGCAAAGGAGGCAAGGAAGAACCACCCGCAGCUCGUCAUGUACGUCUCUACAUCGCCGCGCAACAAGCAACCAGGCCCAGAUGCGACGCAAGAUACCCUCACCAACAUCACGGGCGUGCUUUUCGAUGGCGGCUACGCCAGCUUCGAGCUCAACACCACUUCGGAUGUGUACAUUGGUAUCGGAGCGCCCAAGCUCGAGGAGGACUGGUUUGGCAGCUGGCACUUUGAACUCGCCGCAAGCACAGACGGACCUUACCAUAGCUACGACGACACGACACCUUUCCUCUACAUGAUCGACACGGACAGCGAGUCCACCCUUUUCAUAUCACAGAACUUGAGCAGUUCGAACGACACAGUGGAGGUCGAUAGAUGGAGGGCGCAAAACCCCUUCCACAUGUACGCCUUCCCAGACGGCGAAUGGACACCAGUGACGGGCUUGGAACGCUCUUACUGUGCGCUUAAGGAGCAGUUCAAUGUCAAUGCGACCAGGAACUUCACCAUCGACACGAGCAUCACCACCAAGUUCAAUAAGAUCGGCGGUGACGACAACAUGCCCAAGAGCCAAUUCCACGUCAGGAACCUGCAGAGCGCGAAGACAUACAACGGGUUUGUGGUAAUCGAAGGGAGCCAGCAGCCACUCACCAUUCCUGGCACGGGCACGACGAGAGGCGGAGGCAGGGUCUUUCAGGCUUUCAACUGGACUACCAAGGCUGGUAAGUGUUCCACACUACAGUCUACAGAACCAUGCUAA